UUUAAAUAAUGGAAGAUAUUGAUGCAGAAGUUUUGAUUACACUUGUGGAAGCCAGACCUGUACUGUGGGACAAAUUUCUUGACAGUUACAAAGAUAGAAAUGCUACGAAAGAUGCCUGGCAUGAAGUUUGCGUAGAACUACUCCCAGAUUUUGAUACUCUUGAUGCCAAGGAUAAAAAUGCUUUUGGUAAAGAAGUAUUACGGAGAUGGACUAAUCUUCGAGAUUCGUUUUCAAAGUACAAGAAGAAGAUCAAAGCCAGCAAGAGAAGUGGCUCAAAAGUAAUAAAAAUGAAGAAAUACGAGUAUGUAUAUUUUGAUCAAUUGCAGUUCUUAAGUAAACUGUAUGAUGAACGAGAAACUGUGGAUAGUAUGGAGCAGAGGAAGGAACAAGAAAAUGAAGGGGAAGAAAGCGUGCAGAUGCAAGUUCAAGCUUCCGCUGAUGUUUUCGAUGUUUCUACUCCACUGGUUACAAAAUCAACAAGUAUACCAAAAGCUAGGAAACAUAAGAAAGUUGAUGAGGUUGAACUGAGAAUUUUAAAAGCAUUAGAAGGAGAUAAACCUUGCAGUAAAAUGGCUUUCCUACAAAGUCUCAUGCCUCAUCUGCAAAAAUUUGAUAAUGAGGAAUUUCUACAAUUUCAAAUGGAAGUUUUAAAAGUUAUAGGAAAUAUCAAUGAAAAAAAGAAAACAAUUUACACUCAUCCACCUUAUUUUUCACAACAAUUACCAACUUUUCCUCAACCGCAUUUUGUCCAUCCUUCAAGUGCAACUGAAUGUCAGUCUCAACAAUAUUUUAAUGCCUCUAAUCAGCAUCCUUUUUACCGUGAACAAGUAAACAUGCAUGGCCAAACUUCUUCAACUUACGCCCAAAUGCCUAUACCUAACCAAUCUCAGCCAUCUACAAUUGGAAAGAAGCAAGCACCCCUACUACAAGAAAUAUCAUCCCACAGCAGUGGAGGAAGUAAACAACCAUCUCCAGUAUCGCGUUAUUUCAGUGAGUUCACCUCUCCAGAAAGCGAGGAGAAUAGCCUUUCUUUAACUUCAGCAGCAUCCUCAAUUGCAGACAGUAUUGAUUUUGGUACAAGUAACUAACUAUGUGUUAGUACAUUAUAUAAAAACAAAAUAUGUUUUCUGCCUUCUAUAUAUUUCAUUCUGCGAUGUUAUAUUGUUCAAUAAAGGCAUAUUGAGUUAAUUUGUGUCGUUUUUCUUUCAGUUUCCGACAUCUUAAUAACCUAUUUCAAGAGUAUAGUGCAAGUAAAUGCAAGUAUACACAAACAAAGCAUAUAUUUAUAUUUACCUUAAU